AUGACAGAAUGGACCCUGCUUAAACGCCUCUUAGAUGCAGUUCACCAGCACUCCACCAUGAUCGGCAGGCUGUGGCUCACCGUCAUGGUGAUCUUCCGGCUGCUGGUUGUUGCUGUUGCCACGGAGGACGUGUACACGGACGAGCAGGAGAUGUUUGUGUGCAACACGCUGCAGCCGGGAUGCGCCACCGUCUGCUACGAUGCGUUUGCGCCCAUCUCGCAACCUCGCUUCUGGGUCUUCCACAUCAUCAGCGUGUCCACUCCGUCCCUGUGUUUCAUCAUCUACACAUGGCACAACUUGUCCAAGCUUCCCCAAAAGACCAACCAGACGCAGGCGCCGGAGCGUGAAGACGUCUCAGGGCAGUUGGGCUGGGAGGUUGGUGGACAGGAGGCAUUCGGUCGGAGCUGUGACUCAGAUAGCUGCUCCCUCAGCUCGCAUAAGCAUCUCGGGAACAACCUGCCAGAGGUCCUUCAAGCGCAAGCUGUCUCUGGAGGGGUCUUGUCCAAGUGUUACGUCUUACAUGUGUGCUUGCGUGCUGUUCUAGAGGUAGGAUUCGUGGUGGCCCAGUGGAAGCUUUUUGGCUUUCAGGUGCCAGUCCACAUUUUGUGUUCCACGGUGCCCUGCAGCCAGCCAGUUGACUGUUAUGUCUCCAGACCCACCGAGAAGACCAUUUUCCUGCUCUUUAUGUUCUGUGUGGGAGUUUUCUGUAUUCUUCUCAACUUGCUGGAACUCAACCACCUGGGCUGGAAGAAGAUCCGCCAAGCAGUGAGGAUGAGAGAAGGUGCAUCAUGGGGGCGCUACCCGGGAAAGAGAGGUGGAUACCAAAUCUUUCCACCGGACACUCCUUCACUCACGUCUUCUCUGGGCUACAGGGAUGUGACAAGUACGACUUCACUGCCCACUUUGGACCUGGUGAUGGGACACCAAGCAGACUGUACGUGUGGCGUCGACUUCGGCAGGAUGAGGAAGGAGGAGGUGGUCAGAGAGUUCGGACUGGAGCAGCCAAAGAAGCAUAAAAGGGAAAGUAAGAAGGAAAAAAGACCCUCAAAGCAGAGAAGUGCUGAGAUUUGGAUAUAG